UGGCAGAUUGGGAGGGACGCUCUGAACCUAUUUGUUGAAAAUGAGGGUAAAAUGAUGAUGCAAGAUAAACUGGAGAAGGAGCGUAAUGAUGCUAAGAAUGCCGUUGAAGAAUAUGUGUAUGAGAUGAGGGACAAGCUGUGCUCCAUCUAUGAGAACUUUGUCAAUGAGGAUGAUCGUAAUAGCUUCAUUCUCAAGCUUGAAGACACCGAGAACUGGUUGUAUGAAGAUGGGGAAGAUCAGGCUAAACAAGUGUAUAUAGAUAAAUUAAAUGACCGUAAGAACUUGGGUCAGCCUAUACAGACACGCUAUCAGGAGUUUGAAGAACAACCAAAACCUUUUGAAGAACUAGGAAAACAAAUUCAACUUUACAUGAAAAUGAUUCAUAGCUUUAAAAACAAGGAGGAAGCAUAUGAGCACCUGGAUCCUGCAGAAGUAGAAAAGGUUGAGAAGAGUGUAAAUGAGUCCAUGGAAUGGAUGAACAACAAAAUGAAUCUCCAACAUAAGCAGAAUCUAACAGUGGAUCCAGUAGUGAAGACAAAAGAGCUAACAUUCACAUGUAACCCGAUUGUCACAAAACCGAAGCCCAAGGUGGAACCCCCAAAAGAUGAACAGCAGGCGAGUGAGCAGAAUGGACCAGUAGACAGUAAUACAAACAGCCAAGGCCCACAGGCUGCUGAGCAGAGUUCAGAUACAGCUGCUUCUGAUGCAGAAAAACAGCUUCCUGAAAUGGACAUUGAAUGAAUUCCGUAAAAUGUUGCUAUUUUCAACAGUACAUAAUAAAGCUUUAAGUUGUUACCUUCAUAUGGCUCAAAUACAGAUCCGAGAAAAGUGACUGCAAAUUUCUUGUAGUUUACUAGUAAACCUACUCCCCGCACCCCCC